GUUGGCAGGAAUCGUCUGCCAUCCAUGGCUGUUGACGAUGAGAACAGCUGAUCGGCUACUAACACAAAGAACUCCCUCUCACACACCUAUUUCACGCCGUUUUACUACCACAGGCUUGUAGUAAUGAACGUAUGGCUCACACAUUCACUCUGUUUGGGGUUUUAGCUGUGUGUUUUAGGUAUUAUUAAGGAAUAUAUGGUGUGUAGUAUGAUAUAUGGUGAGGUAGUGUGGAACAAUCCUGACUGAUAAGGCUCCUAGGAUAUGCCUUUGUGUACUGUUGUCCUGGCCCCUCUCAUUACCUCGUGAAAUACAACUAAUACCUCCCACCGUGUGAGAUAUGACCUCUUAAAACCCCUAGUGUAUGCUUGAAGUGUCUGAUGCCUAAAACAAUCACAGUAUCAUAGAACAGAAGAUGAAUCACAUGGUAGUAAGUCGUUGUCCAAGAGUUUCCAUGAACAAUGUGAGGGUGAAGUUAAAGUGAAUUAAACACAUCUUCCCAGAAUGGUUAUGUAGUGUUGAUAAAUUAGUAUCCUCGUGGUUAAUACAGUAUUCUAGUGUUUUGUUCAUCUCGUAGUGACUCAUGAUUUAGCUCUUGGAAGUUAUGACGAAAAAAUAAUAAUUGCUUGGAUGUUUUGUUACACUGGUAUUAACAGAACCAUCAGUCAUUAACUAGGAAUUAUGGGAAUUAAGUUAAUAUAAAUGAUUUUCUCCCUGAGCCAAAAUAUUAGUGCAUAUUUGUGGUGUUUGAUGUGGCUUUGUAUUUUAUUACUCAUCAUAGCAUUGGAAAAUUUGCUAUCCAGAUUUCAUGAGGUAUAGGAACCUAAAUGGUAAAUAGAGGGAUUAUGUUAGGUUAUGUGUUCUGGCCUUCAUUGUCCAGUGUUUGUACGGUUAGGUUAUGUUAGCAUUAGGGUGUUUUAUCAUCAGGUGAAACAAGCCGGGGUUCCUGUUCUUCGCGAGAUCCUUCUGUAAAUAUGGUAUAUAUGAGAAAAAUCAGGUUUUAUUAUUAAGAAAUAUAGCUGUUAUUACUUUAUGAGUUGAGAAAGGAGUGUAAUAGUUGGUCUUAGGUCUUAGUAUAUGGUUCACAAAAUGAGAAGUUCACAGUUGUGAUCUUCAUGCUAAUAGAAGCACCUUAUGUGUGUGGUUACAAGUAGGUCUCCAUGCUGUGUAUACUUGGGCAUGGUCGUUGAAUUUUUAAUCUCGGGGUGGCAUACACGCUUCUGAGCUUGAGUCUGAUUGGUCAUUGACAAUUGAAAAUGAAUUGAGGAUAAUUUUUAGGGCACAUGAGUUGUGAGUGUUGAGGAGUGGCAAGGAACAAGGCUGUGAUUGGCUGUGAUUCUUAAAUGAUAUUUCUUAGAAUACUUUGUUUAAACAUCAGGGAUUCUUACUACACCACCUUAGAUAAUAGGAGACAACACCAAGCAGCCUAACUUAACAGUUAUAAGGUGACUUUGGCUAGGUUAAGUUUAGUUAGGUUAGACUUAAGGUGCGGUCACACCAAAUGCAAGAAAUCAUUUGUAACGUGUGUUGACAAUUGUGUUAUCAACAAUGUUCAGAGUCCAUUCCACACAAACGUUACAUUGUCAGGAACACUGUUGUAAACAUGCUGGACAACUGUUACCAACAGUGUAGAAUACAGUCAUGUCUACACCAACACAACAGUGUUGAGAACAUUGUUGAUAACUGUGUGGACCAAAGCUGGUAACAUUGGUCGUAACAAUGUUGUAACUGAAUCCACAUCAAUGGCACAUAUUUUAGUAACAUUAUAGGCAACAUUGUCAGAAACAGAGGUGUAGUAUUCAUAUAGUCCACACAGCCGGUUUAGUUGACAACACCAUGUCGGCGAGUGAGGUCGUUGUAGCAGCAGCUGCAACAGUGAUACUGUGUGGAGGAAGUCACCGCCGUCGACGGCGAUUUUGGGUGCGUCCAACACUACGAGAUAAACAUAUGCACCAUUUGACUAAAGUGUUUUCGGAUGAUGAGGCGUUGAUAAACAAGAAGGUGCCACGAGAGCUGUUGUUGCAAGUUUUUUCAUAUCUGGAUGUUGUCUCACUGUGCCGGUGUGCGCAAGUAUCUCACUACUGGCACGUAUUGGCCCUAGACGGCUCAAACUGGCAGCGCAUUGAUCUCUUCAACUUCCAGACUGACAUUGAGGGACGAGUGGUGGAGAACAUUGGCCGGAGAUGUGGCGGCUUCCUCAAACAGUUGUCCCUAAGAGGCUGCCAGAGUGUCAACGAUGCGGCCCUUGUCACUUUUGCAGAAAUGUGCAACAAUAUAGAAGAACUUAAUCUUAAUUAUUGCAAGAACAUUACAGACAAAACCUGCACAGCUCUCAGCAGACACUGUCCACGGCUAGUGCGGUUAGACUUAGACUCUUGUGCUCAGAUUGGUGACAUCUCCCUCAAAGCUCUUAGUGAUGGUUGUCCACACCUGGAGUGGAUCAAUGUAUCUUGGUGUGACAAUAUUACACAGAAUGUCGGUGUGGAUGCCUUGGCUCACGGCUGCCCCAGGUUAAAAGGUUUCGUCGGUAAGGGGUUGAAGGCCCUCACAGAUCCUGCCCUCAUAUCUCUCGCCCAAUACUGUAAAGACCUCGAGCACAUCAAUUUACACGGAUGCUCGGCAAUCAGUGACAGAGGUGUGGUGGCGCUGGCAGAAAACUGCGUCAUGAUCCGGUACCUGUGCUUGAGUAAUUGUAUGCACUUAACGGAUACCAGUCUAGUGGUCCUCUCCCAACACUGCACACACCUUGAGACCCUGGAGGUGGCUGCCUGCUCACAGUUUACCGACAAUGGAUUCCAAGCUUUGGCCAGAACUUGUCACAUGCUGGAGAAGAUAGACUUGGAGGACUGUGUAUUAAUCACCAAUGCCACGUUAAACCACUUCGCCUCAGGCUGCCCCCGGUUAGAGAAACUGAGUUUGUCACAUUGCGAACAGAUCACAGACGAAGGCAUCCGACAUCUAGGAGUUUCAGCCUGUUCCACGGAGCACCUGUCUGUGCUGGAGCUGGACAACUGCCCCCUCAUCACAGACGCCUCCCUCGACCACCUCCUCUCCUGCCAUAACCUCCAACGCAUUGAACUCUACGACUGCCAACUUAUAACCCGGGCAGGGAUAAAGAGACUCAAGAGCCACUUGCCAAAUAUCAAAGUGCAUGCGUACUUUGCCCCCCAGACACCACAGCCUGCAGAAGGCAGGUCGAGGCAACGGUAUUGCCGAUGCUGUGUCAUUCUCUGAGGUUACCAGGCCAAAAUCCUCCCGAUAUCUUCUCUCGGGUGGGGGAAGACGACGGUUACCCCAAUUCAUCAAAGGUUGAGUUGCGACUAUUGUCAUUACGAGAGGAAACGUUAGGUCAGGGUGACCAUUAUUUUCUUCCGGCCCCUAGUGUUGUCUCCUUGCCUAUCUGUUGUCUUAUUAGCCUUACAGUGGAAGGGAGUCUGUACUGUAUUACAUAGGCAUUCAUUUAUUGGUUUCAGUGACCUUAAAAUGUAAUAUGGUAACUCAUCGUGUGGCCUGGGUGACACGCAGUACCGUACCGAGAAGCAACCGUUGAGCUGCUGUUGUGAUCCUGAAAUCACUAAGUCAAAACACACUUAUGUUAGUCUUUGUAUAAGCAGGAUAGCUGAUUGGUAGAUAAGAACCAUUUGCCAUUUAUGAUUUGCCAAAGCCUUUAUUUCUUACGAGACAUUGGGUCCCCUGGGAAGGGCGGUGUCUGAGACUAGCAGUUACUCCCGUGGUGUGAGCAGGAGGUAGCCUGUCACCACCAGUUUUUGUAUGGUGUCACCCAACGUUCACUGUGUUCUCCUGCCAGUCAUCAUAAAACAAUAAGUAAAUGCGCUUCUUUAGUGACACUGUUUGGCCAGGCUGUGUAUUUUUUAUGACUUGUGAUGAGAAUGUGCAAUUUGAAGGCCUAGUUAAGUGUCCAUAAGACCUGUUUUCCCACCUAAAUGUAAGUCAGAGUUGAAGAAAAAAUAUAAAAUAUAUGUUUUAAGAAAGUUAAAGAGGUCACAUAUCAUCCUGUUUAACAUUUAUUUAUAUAUUAGAUUGUUAAUACAUUAUAAAGGUGAUGGAUAUUUAUUGUUAAUUGAAGAUAUGGACAGGAAAUAUUUAUUUUUGCUGCAGUUGAGUAUUGUUGAUAAUUUAAGCUAGUGGAGAAAGUCUUUUAGGAAAAUAACAAGAUAAUAUUUGGGUGAAAAGAUGAUAUUGUCAAACUAUAGUGAUUAAUAAGGAUAUAUAAAUUUCUUAAGGGAAAACAAGCCUUAUGGAGAGAGUAUCUAGGACUUAAGAGUAACUUGUCACAAAGCCUCAAUGUGUGUACACCAUGAUAGAACAGUCUCUCCACUUUAACCUUAUAUUCUGUGAUCCAAAUAUUUCCUUCUGCUUUACCUUCAAGAUGUUGACUCUUGCCAACCAAGCCUCGGCGGUCCUGUUUAAUACUCGUUUUCCUCACAUAUGAUCAGAAUUUGUCGGUUACCGGGUUUUUACAAUGCAUACUGUACCCUCUCCUACCUCUCCCAGUACACCACACUACUUACACACCACACCAUACUACAGUACAGUACACUACACAUGCUGCACCAUAUUAUACUCAUUACACUGUACAUAGUACACUACCACACCAGACUACACUACACAUACAUAAACCACACCCUGCCACACACAUCACACCACUAUACCACACCAUACUAUCCAUCACAUUACACACACACACCCCAUACCCCACAUGUCAAAAAUAUUUACAUAUGUUUAUAAAAAAAAUUAAUACAGUAUUCACAGUCCUUCAGCCCAUCAGACCAAAUAAUAAAACAAUCAAAGACAAAAACCAAAACAAAGAAGUGAGUUACCAGUUUGUUGAGCACUCCAGUCUCUUUGCUGCUCACCUGAAACAUUUCUGCUAAAUGAAAAUGAAAAUGUUAAUAAAUAUACCAGAAUUACACAUUACGAAUCAAACAAAAUAGUGUGUAAAAUAAUAUAACUGCGAGAGUUUUAUUGGGUUACUUUGGGGGGUCAGAGGAAUCAUUAACGUUAAUCAUGAGAAAAUCCAAAUUACCCGAUGUUGGUUUUAGGUAUUUUGAGCCUUGUUGACGUUUGUCUUUAUGGCCUAGUUUAUUACUUCAUUUGUUUUUGUUUUGUUAAGGACACACACAGUUACAUUGACAUAAACAAAGACCCGUCCUGCCCCUUGUCUCCUACCCCCUGGCACCCCUUGCUCCUUGCCUCCUGCCCUUUGUCCUCUUAUUCCCUGCCCCUUGUCCCCUCCAGUGAAGUACUAUAAUGCCUUAUUAUACUGUGCUAUACACUUCUAUGGAUUAUAUUCUAUUGAGAGAACACAUUAUGUACAGUAUUACCCAAGAGAUAAUUGUUACAAAUUUAUGAAUCAGUUCAUAGUAUCAAUGAUUUACUUAGUAUGAUUAUUAGUGGUAUUAAUUUUGUUGAGUUAUCUUUUUAUUUAUGUAUUUAUUUUAUUGUUAAUAUACCUGUACAGGGGUAUUAGUCAAUUCAUUCCAAAGUUAGUCAAGGAAAAAAAACAGACCUACAGCUGUGGUAUCCUGGGGUUUAAGACACAUUCAGUUUAUCAUCACGCGUGCCUUUGUGUUUUGGGAUCUCGCCUCAGCUGGCUUCUGUCAUCAUGGAAAUUUCUUUCUAUAAAUCUUUUUCUUUCUUCUUUUCUCUCUAUCUCUGUCUUCCCUUCUAUGUCCCUCCUCUCCUCCAUCAUCACCUCCUCUUCCAAGUCCCUUUUCUCUCUGUCUCAAGAUGUAAAACUCAACCUUAUCACAUCAUGUAUAGAGACUAGUUUUGAUACACGUCAUAUUACAUUAUAAAAAAUAAAAUAAAAUAAAUAAACCUGUAGUUGGUAAAGUGGGAUCAUCAUCAUCAUCAUUCUCUUUACUUUAGAGCUGUGUAUUUAAGGAUGAUAUUGUGAUUUUUGUAGUACUUAUUAUUAUCUCUCCAAGGUAUGAUAACUGUAGAUAUAUGUAACCAAACUGUAUUGAUAUUGGUUAUCUGAUGAAAGAAGAAAAAAAUUGAUUGAAAAGUAUAUAGAGAAAUUUUUUUUUAAUUAAUGUGUAUUUAACAUUUACGUAUUGUAUUAAGUUGUAUAUUGGUGAUAAUUUUUUUUUAUUUCUAUAUUUUCCUCCAUUACCAGACACUUAAGAUGUGGUGAUAACCAAGACCCUACCAUUAGUGUCGUUAUUUUUAUACUAUUUACGUGAUUAAUUUUCGUAUUUUGUGAACGGUAUUUUUUUUUUUAUCUCUGUUUCGUUAUCGGUAAGGCUUGUAUCUGAUGGUAUACUAUAUUCGGAAAUCUGGCAGUUUCACCGAGGUUCAGAAUUCCAUGUGAGGAGGAGAUCUGGAUAUUUAACACUACUGUACUUCUCAUGUAUGGUGUUAUGAUGUUCUUAGUUGGUUAUUGUACAGUGUUAGUACAGGAGGAAACUGUAGUACCCGGAGAAAGCCUGUGAUAUUUGGUAGGGUCAUUAGAUAACACUGUUCUCACAUCUGACCCAGGCCGGGGGACCAGACCCAGGACACGGUGGUGGUGAGAGAUAUGUGUGUUUACUAUUGGGGAGAGGGGGAUUACCUUUGUGAUGGGAGGGAAGGAGAGCAUGAUGAAGGGAGUAGAGAGAGCAAAGGUUAUGUGGAGGGAUGAGUGACAUGGAUGAUCCCCUCAGAAAAAACCUCUAGGGGGAGAGAUGUGUCAAAUAGCUUGGUCUACUAUAGAGGUUCUCUUGUGGAUAAUGAUGACAAUAAGAAGACUUCCGUUUCCUGUUCCUUUUUGGCGUCAAAAUUAACACCAGUUCGUAUUCAUUGGUAUCAACCUGACUGACUUAAGUCCACAUGUAAAUCUUGUCUUCAAUAUACAAAGUCCAGGUGAUUUAUAAUCUUUACCAAACUGUGUUCCUCUUGAGUGCUGUUUAGAUAUGAGUUAUACUGUAUCGCAGUGACUGAACAGCAAGAUCAAGUUAGCUGUGACUGGUUUAAUGAUGUAGAGGAUGAUGUGCAUGUGUGUGUGCUUGUGUGGGUAUGUGCACAGUAUGUCCAUGUAUGCCUGUAUGUCAGUAACAUGUAAUUUAGUGAUUAAUGCUGCAGGUGAUGCCAUUGUUUCCUUCAUGUAAAAGUCGUCAAUGUGCUCUUUUAAGUUUCAUAGUUUUUCCUAAAUUUUCAUCUUUUUUCUCUUCCAUAGUUGACAAUUUCUUAAACAUAUAGAAAACUAAAGAUAUAUUAAAGAUAACUAGUUUCAGAAUCAAUUAGUCAUUUUCAAAUAUAAUUUAUAUUUUUGGUGCCAAGCAGUAUAGUUAAAGGUAGGAUUUUUAGUGUUGCAGUUUCCUCCACAAAAAUAAAGUUUGGGAUAUUUUCUAAUUGAAUCGAACCUGAUCUAGCGAUUAGGACCGGUGCCCAGUGGAAUUGGGCUACGUUCUUGAUGAUUACGUUUGAUUUGAUUUCAUUUAAAAUGAGACUCUGCUGACCAAUCACCAUGCUGCUUAGGUUUUGUGAUGUAUGCUUCAUCAAUCCUAAAAGAGAAAGAUAAAUUCAUAUAUUCUUAAAAUGGUCCUUUACUUUAACUAACUGCAUGUACGAUACUGUGUGACUCACUUGCUGGCAGCCCCAGAGUCUCACUUGAGACUAUAACAUCAAAAGCUUGACUGAAAAUAAACCCAAUAUUAUAUAUUAGUGAUACUGUGGGGCCAUCAAUGAGUGAAUCACCCUGUGUGUGUAUAAAUUACUUCCUGAGUAGAGUGGUAUUACCUUUUAUUUUGAUGUAUUGAUAAACUACCACAACUAGACAUGAUAACGAGGUCUUGUAGUAGCAGUGUGUAAACCUGUCCGGCCACUUACUGAGGAGAAGUAUCCAAUACUGCUAUAAUAAGUCAGUUGUGUUUGAAACGUUUUGGUACAGGACCGCUCUAACUUGAGAAUCAUCCCUAUGGCCUCUCAGAGCUGUUUCAGCUUUGUACUGACUUUGGUUGCAAUGUCACUGAAGUGUCGUUCAUUGUUAAAACGGCGACGUCUUCUGCCAGGGAUAAUUUUUCUUAGAAAUUUGUCAUUCAGAAUUACUUGUCGUCAUAUUCUACGAGACCAGAUUUUUUAUAACGUUUCUUUAUUAAGUUUUCAACACUGAUUUGGUCAACUCUGAUUUGGAUUAGGUGAUUGAUUAUCUGAGUAUCUAAUCUGCCAUGUCUUAAUGAAUUUGUGCUUUAUUUUGUAAUGGUGAUCUGCCAUGUUUUAGUAAAGUUGUUCUUUAUUUUGUGAUGGUGAUCAGCUAAGCAUCCUGCCAUUUCAUUGUGUCUUCAUGUCACGCCACAUUGACCAUUCAAGCCCAUCUUUCAUCAACAUUGUACCAUGCCUUUAUCAUCCAUGAUAAUAUAUAUAUACAUAUCUAAAUAUAUGUAUAUAUUUAUAUGUUUAUUUUUUAUUAUUUUUUAUAUUUUUAUUAUUAUUUUUCUAAGAGCCAGUUGCAUAUUAAAUCUAGAUAUUUUCCUGUUCAGAAUUAAUUGCUGGCAUCUGUUCAGAAUUUCCCUGAACAUCUUUGCUCAGAAAUUAUAAUGAACAAGCGUCAUUGAGAACGUGUCGACUCGUAUUAUCACACGAUUGUGUUAUGGCUGUAAAGGUGGGGUGUUCUUAUUUAUCUUUUUUUAUUGUACCUAAAUCCAAGACUUUUGUUAUUAAGUAAUGAUGUAGUAUUCUUGGUAGCAUUUGUCACUUUUAUAAGUAUCCCAGUCAUUUGUCAAGCUACCACAGUUGAUGGUUAUCCCAAAAGAUCUGUCUAUUUUUGCAUAGAAAAUAGAGUAAACUUUGGACUUCAAACUUGGGCAUUGAUAGUAAUAAUAUGUUAGCCAUCCACGGAGGGGCAUUAUUGAUGUCAUCCACAAGUUAUAAUUUCUUUCAUCGUCUGGAAUAUGCAGCUGCCUUGGGUUACCUGUUUAUACUGAACUUGGAGGAAUUAUAUUUAUUCCUCGGUUAAUUCGCUGCUGUACGUGGAUCAUGUUAAGUUGACGGUAAACUCGACUAGGAUUAACUACACUUAUUCGUACGUGGAUCAAAUUAAGUUUAUGGUGAACCUGUGUUGGCAUAAACCCUUGUAUUAUACGGUACUGGGAUGUGUCAACCAGUGGUGUGUGUAUACUCCAGGCAGUGUUUGUGUGGCUGGUUGGAAGGAUCUAGUGUAACUAUGGUGAAAUUUGUUGCACAACUCUUAUACUGUAAUGAAGAAACUCACUUGUUUUUGAGUUGUUUGAAGAUAUAAUGUAAGAAGAGGGACACUUUGAGUUUGACUUUUUGUUGUUGUCACAGGAGAAGAGUAUUUGUAUAUUAUAGUGAAUUUAUAUUGAAGUUUUGAUCUGAAGGGAAUUUGUGUAUUGAUUGUAUUGUAUUGUAUUGUCGCAGUUAAAGGUAUACUGUAUUUAGAGUUAUGUCAAAAUUGAGGAAAACAUUUAAUUUUUCAUUUUAAUUUAUAUCUAGUUAUGUACAUGACUUAUGCUUUUCCCCACGAUCACUGUGUUGGUACGUGCUGAGUCCUUCUUCUCUCACUGUGUUCCCUAAUAUCUCCACACCAUGAAGUGUUAUAAGUCUGAACAUCGGUGGUUGAAGUAAAUGAUGAAGAAUUUUUCAUUUGGGUUUAUUUAUGACAGUAGGAAGUAGAGGACAUGGUGUUGUCAGUUACCUGUACAGUAUCAGAAGGGAAAAAUACAAUACUUGUACUGUAGUGUGGAAUAAACCAAUUCCUCUAUGUCUAUGGAAAUGCUUCUCUGGCCACCUAAAGCUUAUUAAUUUGUUACCGUUAUGUUGCAUUUAAUUGGAAAAAGAUGAAUUUAAGGUAUAUAAAAAACACUGAAUAUAUAUCACAUGAUGCAUUAAGGCCAGGCUUCAUUAACCAAUGCACUGUGUUUCUUGUGGUGUUGUAAUAAUAUGAAAACUCUUAUGUACAGUAUAUUGUACUGUAUAUAAAUUUAUUUUUUUAUAUGACUGAAACAUUCGGUUCACUCAGUUUACCCUUUUAGAGUGGUAUCAAGUAUUACAUUAACCAUGGCAUCAGCAUCACUCUCAACAAAGGUUGGUCAUAGAUCAUUCACGUCUGUGAGUACAGUACUACUAUAUUGAGACAGCUGGUGCUGCUGCCUUGUACCUUGUGAAUUAAUAAGUUGAAGUGCCUUGUGUUGGCCAGUCGCUUCUGUGCCACAUACACUCUUCUACUUCUUGCUGAAAUUUCUUUUAUAUCAUUGCUGUCAGGCUGUUAUAUGUGUCCAAAUUCAUGUUAAUGUUUGUAUAUGAUCCACAGUGAUGAGAGGAGUGGUGAACUUUGUGGUUAAUGAUGGUGGUUAAUGUGGUAUGAUGUCAGAGUUUGAGGAAUCCAGCCAUUUAAUACUUCUUUUAUGUGAUAAUUAACCAUAUUGAAGAAUUCUUCCUUAGACUGUGUGGAGAUGUUAAUAACUUGUGUACGAGGGUAAGUUGACGCCUGUGUACCCCUCGUACGGGAAGCUGUUUAAUUGGAUAUUGUCAGAAUUGUAAUUGUGUGAAUAUUAGUUUCUCUCGAAGAUAGUGUCAGGCGUGCCAGUUUGCAGAAUACAGGUGUACAUAAUAUUACGUUAGUCAUGCUUGUAUGAGGAGUAUAUAGACUAGCCAGGGCGUAUGUCUGAUUAUCUCAACUCAGCUAAAUUUUUAGGCUGUUCUACAUGUUUUUUGUCCUUGUUUUCUUAUGGGGAUUAUACCACGCUGGAGGUGUAUGGACUGACGUAUAAAAUGGGAAAUUGAGCAAUUCGGUGAUACGCCCUUGCUAUUGUAAACGCCUCGUGUAUCGUGUCUGAUCCACCACCAGUCCAACAGAUGCCUUGGCUAAAUCCGAGAAACACUGCACGAAUUCCGAAUUUUGUCAAAUUAUUAUCACUUCAUCGUGUAAAUUCCCCAGGUGUGCAUUACUCCAUUAAUUUACCUGUACAGCUGAGUUACAUGGCUCACGUGGGUAGAAUCAUUCUCCUGUCAAGUGUGUUUUGGUUUCAUAUAUUUCACGCUGACGCUUUACUGUAUAAAUUACCAUAUUGAUUUAUUCCUUCGCUAUGCUUUCUACUUUUUUAGUUAAUUAGUUAAGAAUGCUUUUUAUCUCUACUAUACUGUAUUUGUUUUGGAUAUAUCCCUUUGUUAAUUGGGAUUUGAUAUUUUUCCAAUAUUUUAGACGUAUUAUUUUUUUUCUAUGCAAAUGCAACAUGAUCUCAAAGCAAGUAGUGGCCCCUUCUUGUAUUCCUAUUCAGAAGAAAUGUAAUCCUAUGAGAGACUCGACCGUGAAUGGCAAAGUACAGUCACCGCUUGAUUUAUGCGAGGGUUCCAUCCGUUCCCGAGAAAACCCUACGUGAGUCGAGGGAUCGGUGUUGUGUAUCGCCGCCAGUAGUGGUUAAGAUGUGGCUAGUAUGUGAAGUCGUCGCGAAUAAAAUAUACAGAAUGACAUACUCAGUGGAGGUGAAAUAUUUGGAGAAGAUUCUGUGUGGUUCGAGGAUUCUUACUGUAUGUGAAUUUUAUUUCCGUGUGUACUGUAACUGGUGAUGAGAGAACACGUCUGUUUAUUGUAGAGAUUCGGCGCAAUGUUGAUGUCAUCUCUUUGUGCUGUAGCUAGAGUGAGCCAGAUAGAUGUUUUCUUGUUUACACAGUCGGUGGGGUAUUAAUUUAACUUACGAACCUUUGAGUGUUUGGGCUCGGGCUGCUAUAAACGUGGGAAGAAAUAGGUAAAUAGUUAUUAUUGUACCUAUUUACCUGUUGGUACUGUGUCUGUCACGCUAUGGUUCUAGUUAAGGACAGCUGUUGAGGACCAUAAACCAUGAGUGGAGGGAAGGAUGUCCGUCUUGUUGAUCUUCACUUGUACAGAUUAAAAUUUCCAUCCACUUAAAUUCGGAGACAAGAUCCAAUAUGGGAUGAAGAGUUCCACGGCCCGGUAAAACGCAGCCUUUUCUUUCUCUUUAGUUAUUUCAUUUUUUCACAAUUGUAAGUCAGUUAUUCAAAAGAAAUGUAGUGUGUGUUUUUGUUCAUUUGACGUUACUGUACGGUUAUGUUCCAGUCUUCACAAUGAUCAUGCUGUACUGUGCUAGUAUUAUAUAUUUGGUCUUGUAUGUGAAACAUUCAUUUAGAGUCAGACUGCAUUGUUUGAAAUGAUAAUACAGUAUGUUCCAAAAUUAUCUUUAUUUCAUCUUUUGUACAAUUGUAAGAUACGUGUAUUGUAGUGACCGUUGAGGAAAACCUUAUUAUUGAUGAAACUGGACGUCAUUAUUAUUAUUAUUAUCAUUAUUUGUUUUUAUUUAAAAUAGGCCGAUGAAAACACCACAUUUCAACGACUUUACACAGUACAAAAUUUUACCCCUUUCCUGAAAAAUCUGUUGAAGAUGCAAUACCUAAUGAUAGCUUAUGUUUGUAAACUUCUUUCACUGUCCUCUCAUUUCUUAAGACCAUGUUAGUAAUCACAGAUCAUUGUCAUCAUCGCCACCAUCACCAUCUUCAUCGUCGACACCUCACGUUCAUAGUCUGUAUCAGACUUCUUAUCAUAAUUCACAUGUCCAUUUUGUGUCAUUACCAUCAUUAUCAUUAUUAAUAGCAACAAUGUCACCGUACUACUGUUCUUAUCACGUCAUUGUCAUGUCUCAUCCACAGUCACUGUCAUGUCCUCACCAGCAUCUCCCCACACAGCAUGUUCAUGGCAAUUUGAUUGUUGCUUGUCCAAGAACUCAUCCCCUUAGUUGUAGGGGGUAAAAAAAAAACAUCAUUCCCCAAAUUUUUGUCCGAGAACGAUUGCUGUUCAUAUUUUAGUGUUCAUUGUCUCGGCACUGUACGUAGGGAGAAUAAUGAAAUGGGACUCUGCUGGACUCAUGGUUUUGAUAAAUCAGAUAGAAAGGUAGACAAAAUAUUGCUUUUAAAUAAUAUUUGUGUGCAUAGUGGAUCCUUGUAUUCAGCUGAUAGUAUUGGCGCUUCUAUGAUACAUUUUAUGAAAUGAAAUUUAAAAUAGAGUGAAGCAAAUCAGUUUACUAAAACAUUGAUAAAUCAUGAAUCCUGUUGGUCCAUUUGACAUUAUUUCCUUUAAUGCUGAGAAAUUUACAAUAGUGCAUUUGUGAUCUUGAGCCACAUAUGCCUGUAGCCUCCAGCCCAGCGGGGUGUCACUGGCCAAUGUACUCAGUUGUUUUAGGGUGGAUUCUGAUGGACAAAUAUACCAAGGUUAACACCACCUCAUGUAACCUUUGAAUCAAUCAGUAGAUCAGAAAGCUAAGUGUCUUGCAGUCACUCAGAAUUCAUCUUGAAGAAGUUAAUGAACCAAUCACCCAGGUAGAGUAUUACCUGGCUGACACAAGACUGAACACAUUGACCGGUGGAACUUCUGCAUUAUUUCCCAGACUUCACGCCGUGGAGUCUGUAUGGUACGAAUAUGUUGUGGUCAUCGCCCCUAAGUGAGCCCCGUCUUGAGUGUAGUUGAGGAGUUUGACUGUUGUGUGAGUGUCAGAGUUUAUCAGAUUGGUUGAUCAGUAAACACUUUAAUAAUAAUACUGUACAGUACUUGAAAUACAGACUCCUGCCUCAUAAUGAAAUGUUGAAAAAAUAAUGUGUGUGUGUGUGUGUGUGUGUGUGUGUGUGUGUGUGUGUGUGUGUGUGUGUCUAGACCCACCGCCUUGUUGACCAGAACCUUCAUUAUCCAGAGUAUAAAAGAAAAUGUAUUUGUUAUUUAUGUUUUUAUUUUAUGGAUAAUAUAUAUGUACUGUUUAUAUUAUGGAUUAUAUAUAUGUACUGUAUAUACAUCUAGAGGGAAGCAUGGACAGUGUACACGAGUAAGGAAUCAAAGUUCGAUAAUGGAAGUUCUGGUAAAACUGUCGCGGGUAAUCCAAUGUGUUGCCAGCCUGCGAUAAACAAGGAGAUCGGGGCCGUGCAGUUAGGGGCUAUGGCUACGAUGUGGUAUGUAAUUAAUACUUAUAUCUGCUGUGGGUAAACCUUUCAACUAGUAAGCAUUUUAGUGCUACCCGAAUGUUUUAUCUGUUGUAUAUAUAUAUUUAUUUUCUAUUUUCAUUGGGGACAGCUAUCUCAAAUGAAACCAUUCAUGUU